UUCAAUCUGGCAACCCCACUCCCACUCGCUCUGUGCUUUGCCGUUGUGUGAGCAGGCGGAUGUCUUUCUAGAGCUUAGUACCAAAACACUGUUUAAACUGGAUUUGUUGUAAAUGGGGGCAAUAUAUACCCUUCGUUUUCAACAAAACUAUCCCGUUAGCUGUUUACAUUUCGACAACUAAAGUUAUUUAGCGUUAUUUUUUUGUGAUUUUUUUCUAGUAACGGCUGUGAAAAAUUAAAAUGGAGUCAGCGGUUAGCCGCUAUCAAGUGUUGCACAAUGAGGAUGACCCCUCUGAAACAAACCUUGCCGAAGAGCCUUCCACUUCCUCCCAGGCUGCCGCAGCUAACAACCCUGUCGCCAUGGCAUCAGAUAGCGAGGUUCCGCCCCCCUCUUACGCCAGCUUGGCGUUAGGAGCUACAGCCACUCCGGAGCAUGUGUUUCAAGGGGAUUUUCCUGUUCCACCCCCCUACAGCGUGGCCACAUCACUCCCCACCUACGAUGAAGUCGAGAAAGCCAAAGCAGCUGAACUUGCAGCCUCGACCGGCGACAGCAUACCACGAGAUGAGGAUUUUCCUCCACGAGAUGAUUUCAGUGAUGUUGAUCAGCUGCGUGUCGGAAACGAUGGCAUCUUUAUGCUGGCCUUUUUCAUGGCCUUCCUGUUUAACUGGAUUGGUUUCUGCUUGUCCUUCUGUCUCACUAACACCAUUGCCGGCCGUUACGGAGCAAUUUGUGGAUUCGGCCUGUCACUCAUCAAGUGGAUCCUCAUCGUCAGGUUUUCUGAUUAUUUCACCGGGUACGUUAACGGACAGUACUGGCUCUGGUGGAUAUUUCUGGUUCUGGGUCUCCUGCUGUUCUUUAAAGGUUUUGUGAACUACCUGAAAGUGAGGAACAUGUCUGAGGCAAUCGCCAGCACACAGAGAGCUCGCUUCUUCUUCCUCUAUUAAAAGAUCACUUCCCUGAACAUUCCUCCUGCUGAUAUGUAACUUGUUGAACAAGAACAGGAAGUGGAUGCAGUGUGAAAGGACAUGGAGAAAAGGAGCGAGAGAGAGGACAAUAAGGAGCUCUGCAAAACCCUGCCCCCUUAUUAAAGCCACUCGAGCUUCAUCAAAUCCUAAUUUCAUCCCUAAUACCGAUGUUGUUUGCCAAAAUUCCAUGUAGUUUAAUAAUGAAGUUUGCUAGUUUGGGAAAAUAUUUACUGUUGAAUGACGAUCUACAAACUGCACGCAGACAAAUAAAAAAAAAAAAUGAACAAAAACCCUCAAAAAUAUGCAGCCAAGAUGUCCUAUGCAAUUUUCUUAAUUUAAAUGUGAACAGUGAUUUGUUGAUCAUUAGCACUUUUUGAAUUAAGGACCUUGGCAAAUUUUACUGCAGUAUUAACAUGUGCUUGAUAAUUUAAUUGUUUAAGUAAUGAUAAGGUCAAACUUCAUGCUGAUGUACGAUAUUUUUUGCACAUUUUCUGAGAAGUUUCUAAUGCUGUUGUUUGCUUAAUUGUAUUGAAGAGCUUGUGGGAAUUUUAUUUAACUGUGUUGUGGUUAGUUACAUGAAACAGCCAAUCAAAUGGAAAGGAUUUGAGAAGUUUUUGAAAAUGUUCAGUUCCGCUUCCUGUCCAUUUCAUUGGUUUAAUCAUAACCCUGUCUACUUUAAGGAGGUUUGCGUUUAGCUAAUUAAUAUUCUCAUGUUUCAUUAUAGAUUAGCGUCGUUAAGAUAAGGCUGGAAGUGCGAAUCUCAAAUAUUCCUUUUUUUGCACUUUCUUGAUAUUAGAUUUUUUAUUGAUUAAAUAUUAAUGUGUAAAUUUCCUCAAACUGUGAACAGGGAUUAGAUUAGUGUAGGAAAUGUAAACCGCUUAAAUGCGGCAACUGUUCAAUCAGCAAUAGCGGAUGAUUAAUAGCAUAGCUCAGUGCAUGGUUAUAACACGCAGCUGCGCCAUUUUAAACUGAAUAAUGAAAUAAAACCUAUCAAAAUGCUUACAA